CGCACACAUAUCGCUUUGUGCAACCCCCGACUCAUUCCGACCAUUUGAUGUCGGUCGCUGCAGAAGAGCUGCGGUUCCGCGGCAAGGAGCCGGAGACAAGACGCGAAGACCCCGGCCGGGCAAAACUCGGCUCGCCGGCCAGCUCCGACUUCCAGAAGACGGAGUCCGGGCUCCAGUACAAGGUGCUAAAAAGCAAUCCUUCUGGGGAGAGGCCCUUGCCCGAGACAGCCUGCAGGUGUCACUAUCGCGGCACCCUGGCAGAUGGCACCGAGUUCGACAGCUCGUACGACCGGCAGCCAGUGAUAUUCAGGCCCACCCAGGUGGUGCCUGGCUGGUCAGAAGCCUUGCAGAUGAUGCGCCAGGGCGAGAAGUGGGAGAUCAUCCUACCGAGCAACCUGGCCUAUGGUGAUAGAGGUGUGGGGCCCAUUCCUCCGGGAGCAACCUUGUUCUUCGAGCUGGAGCUGUUGGAGGUGAAUGCUGACACAGGCGGUUCCUUCAUGUCGAUGAUGAGCCUCGGUGGGCUGUUGGCGCUUGGCUUCAUCGGCUUUCUGGUGAUUUGGCUCACCGGGAGCAAGGGCCUCCCCGUGGGCCCGGUGGUGCCCUUACAGCAGGUGACUCACGCCAAGGCCAACCCCCAUGUCUUCCUUGAUGUGGAGGCCGGAGGCAAGUUCUUGGGCCGGAUUGAGCUGGAGCUCUUCCAAGAGGUGGCGCCGAUGGCGGUGGAGAAUUUUCGUGCCCUUUGCACUGGCGAGAAAGGCCCAGGCAUCGCGGACCACCCGCGGCACCUCAAGGGCUCGCCCUUCCACAGGAUUAUUCCUGGAUUCAUGGCGCAGGGUGGGGACAUCACCCACGGCAAUGGCAGAGGAGGAGAGAGCAUCUACGGCAAGACCUUCCGGGAUGAGUGGGAGCACGGUAUCGUGCAUCACACGGAGCCCGGGCUCCUAUCCAUGGCCAAUCGCGGCCGCAACACCAACGGCUCGCAGUUCUUCAUCACCCUGGCGCCGGCACCCUGGCUGGACAACAAGCACGUGGUCUUCGGCCGAGUUCUGUAUGGAAUGGACGUUGUCCGGGCCAUGGAGAAGCGUGGUUCCAGGAGCGGCACGCCCAGUGAGGAGAUCCGCAUCGUGGAUAGCGGCGAGCUAGGCAUGGACGGCAAAGCCAAGGCGCCAGAAAAGCCCAGUGAGCCAAGUGAGCCCAGUACUUCGCUUCCGUGAGAC